GGCUUCCUUGUCAUUUACAGAAGUCAGCCAAUCGAACCGCCAUAGACCCCAGAGGCUUCUGUUUUCAUGGAAGUUUCUGUUCUAUGACGAAAUUUGACGAGAACAAAUCAAAAGCCAGGCCAUCUCUUGUCAAAAACGUUCGUAAACUCAAGUAGAAAAAUACAGCAUGGAGAAAGACCCCAUAGACAACACCUCCUUCCCCAAGGGGGAAAGGCAUCAACUGUAGUCCUCUCAUGGUUGUCUUCACCACUUUCACCGUUGGUAUACUCAUCACUGCAACGGCGUUGAUGACUUACUACAUCCCUCUUUCCUUGGAGGCCAACCCAACUAAGGCACCAGUUGAUCCAACCAUACCCCUCAUGCGUGGUCGUCUGCCGAAAACAGUGCUGCCUCGCCUGUACCAACUCACUCUCCGCCCUUUCCUCUAUGAUGACGACGUGGCUGACUCGAAGCUUGGUAAGAGGUUCACCUUUGAUGGCCUGUUGACGAUAAGAGUGGAAUGCAUCGAACCAACGGAUGAGAUUACCCUUCACGCUAAGGACAUUACAUUUCAUGCAAGUCCUACUAUCCACAGUGUCAGCUCUUUGGAUAAGACGACGGAUCUCUUUGAGAGCUAUGAGAUAGUCGAGGAGUACGCGUUUAUCGUCAUCAAGUUGAAAAAAAUAAUGGAUCCCCACCAAGAAUACAGUAUCUACAUGGAGUACUCCGGUAUCCUUGGAGAUGAUGAGGCAGGAUUUUAUCCCAGCAAGUAUUAUGAUGCAUCCAACAACACCAAAUACAUCGCGACUACUCAGAUGGAGGGGCCUUACGCCAGACGAGUACUUCCGUGCUUUGACGAACCAAGUUUCAAAGCAACAUACGAAGUUCAGCUAGAACACCGUACUAAUAUGAAAGCGCUAUCUAAUGGCUUGGAAACAGGGACAGAAACAAUAGAUAGCCGCUGGUCAAAGACAAAAUUCACAACAGUACACUUCAUGCCGACGUAUCUUCUGGCGUUUAUAGUACAUGACUACUCCAGCAUCCAAUUAACCAAUACUAAUGGCUGUUUGAUUCGUGUGUGGUGCCCGUCACAUCAAAUUUCAUACGCUGACUAUGCUCUUAAUAUCUCCAACUUGGUCCAGACAUAUUUUGACAGCUACUUAGAUUAUGAAUAUCCACUAGCUAAAGAAGAUCACAUAGCGAUCCAGGAUUUUGGCGCAGGAGCUAUGGAAAACUGGGGUCUGAUCACCUACCAAGAUUUCUACCUGCUUCACGAACUGGAUGAUUCCGUAUCGAAAACAUUUUAUUCACUUAUUAUCACACACGAGCUGGCACAUAUGUGGUUUGGUAACCUGGUGACCAUGGAGUGGUGGAAUGACCUGUGGCUUAACGAGGGCUUUGCGACCUACAUGGAACACAUCGGAAUGAAUCUUGUACACCCUGAGUUCCGAAGGACUGAGACCUAUUACGUCAACACUGUAGAUAGAGCUUUGAAGCCUGAUAGUCUCGGUACCAUGCCAUCCGUUCGGGCACCCGUCUACGCAAACGAUAAACACAUAAGUUCCCAAUUUUCAAGAAUAACGUAUCAAAAGGGAGGAUCAUUACUUUGGAUGCUAGAACAUUUAUUGACACUUGACGUGUUCAAUGCGGGCAUAAAGAGCUACCUCAAGGAAAGAUCUUACAAAAAUGCUAACGCCGAGCAUCUGUGGCGACAACUGACUGCCGCUGACAAAGAUAAGGGUGGGCUGGAUAUCAAGAAGAUAAUGGACACGUGGACCCUUCAGCGGGGAUACCCCCUUGUAACACUUAAGAGAUCGACUGAUGGGAGAGUAAUCGAGGCCACUCAAGAGAUCUUUCUCCAGCUUGGCGAAAAUCUCGAGGAGGAAGAAUUUGGAGAUCUAGGGUACAAGUGGUGGGUUCCUCUGACGUAUUUGUACAAAUCAGGACCUUCAGACAAGUACGACAACCCAGCAAUGGAUUGGUUGGACCCAAGUGUUGAAAAAACCUCAAUCCAACUGACGGGUGCGCCUUCAACAGAAUGGUACUUAGCUAAUGCCAAGAUGACUGGUUACUACCGUGUUAACUACGAUGAAACCAACUGGCAACGUCUUUUGGAUCAAGCUGCUAAGGAUCCCAAUGCCUUCAGCGAAGAGAACAAAAUUGGGCUGUUGUACGAUUCUGAAAGCCUGGCUAAAGCAGAGAUCAUCAGCAUGGAUAUCUACAAGGGCUUCGCACAGAGUUUCGAAAAUAAUACUCUCAUAUCACAACAAGCUGUAUUACGCACUUCCUCCUACUUUGCAAAGAUGCUUACAAGACCAAGUUAUGGCAUGAAGCGGCGGUCAUUGAGCAACCCUUCCGCAGCGGCUCAGACUUACAUGCAACGGUUGGUGGAACCGCUGUAUGUCGACUCUGGUUGGGAUGAAAACUUCAUGCCGGAUCUACCACUUGCAAGGUAUGAAACGAUGGACCAGUUUGACAUUACUUCAACAGCCUGUCAGUAUGGCCACGAACACUGUGUUUCCAAGGCAACAGCUCUUUUUAAAGAAUAUGUGGAAAACCCAAAACAAAAUACUAUUCCCAAGAACUUCAGAAAAGUUGUGUACUGUAACGGCAUUCGUUUCGGCGACAAAGUAGAGUGGGACUUCGCGUUCGAUAUGCUGCAAGCUAGCGAUGAUCGCUGGGAACGAUCACGAUGGAUAAGCGCUCUCGCGUGUUCAGCGGACCACUCACGCCUCAAAAGAUAUCUCCAGUCGAUGUUGGAUACAGCUACUUACAGUCGCCAUGACGAUGCACUUAUAUUGAUGGGCGUGGCCCAAAAUCCCGAUGGAUACGAAGUGGCCUGGGAGUUUGUACGAAACAAUUGGGAGACAGUUGGCAAGAUGUUUAAACGGAACAAUCAACUACUGCGUGAUGUCCUCGAGGAGAUAACAUCUAACUUCAACACUAAUGAGAAACUUCAAGAAUUGUUGGACUUCGGUGAGGGUCGUGAUCUUGGCGCUAUGAAAGUUGCAUACGACUCGGCCGUUGUUACGACGAAAGUAAACAUCAGAUGGAUGGCGAACAAGGCAGCGGAAACCGAGCAGUGGAUAGCUUCACGUAUCCAGUGAAAAAGAUCAAGACAUGCCAAAGACGGUAUAAAAAGAUAAGAUAAUGCAACAGUAUGUUGCUGCAUAAUUUUGAAGUUCUACUUACUUUUAGCAAACCUAUACGUGGAGGAGGUCUCAAAAAGUUUCGAUACAGAAACGUUUAUGGGGUGAAAAAAAAGAUAUUUGAUUAAACAAAUGCUGCUGUCUACGGUAAAAAAUGGUACAGGACCGUGAGGGAAUAAUUAUUACAGGCAAAACGUGUAAAGAUUUUAAAGUUUCAUUUUAACAUUUCAAUUUAGAAUAUUCGACACAUGACAAGUGUGAAAAAAUAUCCAAUUUCUCCAAGAUUCUAUUCUUUGAUGCAUAACAAGUUUUAAUCUUAAGUAAGUCUUAAUCACACUGUGAAUACAAAUGGUGAGUAAAAUUUUUGACUCUAAAGGAAAACUUCUAGUAUAUACAAAAGGACAAACUGAUUAUAGCGUGUUAAUGAGCGACACGAGCACUUUUCCAAAAUUAGUCCACAGAACAUGACAAAGUUGUGAAAAAAAACCACAGCUUCAUUUUCCAAUUACAGUGCUAAACUACCAGUUACUCAAUUUUAUAUUGUGUAGGACUUUGAUGUAGCUUUACUUUAUGUAGCUGGAUAGAGUUAACAUGGAAAUUGGUUGGUUUAACGUUUAGUAAAUUACAUCCACAAUUCAACACCAACCCUUGUGUGCGUUUAUGUUUUGCACUGAUGCUUUUUGCACAGAAUUAAAUAGGACUAAAAAGACUUCCCAGAUGGCUACUUUAUGCAAAGGUUUAUAACAGAAAUUUGCAAUUAAUAAAAAUUAAAAGAAGAAAAUUACAGGAAAUACAGGAAAUGCAUUUGAAUAGAAAUUGUACACACAGCAAACUUAAUGUUACUGAGAAAACACAGAAAACGUUUGGAUUAAAGUAGCUUUUAAUUUUCAUUGCACCUUGUAAUUUCUCGACAAAAAUUAAUUUUCGUAUAUAGCAAACGGUGGGGGCGGGAAACAGGUCGUGGUACCGACCCCUCUCCUUACACACUUCUCCCUAAAUGGCUUCAGCUAUAGCUUUGUACAUUUAGUUAGAUAUUUUUAAUUGAAGAGCAAGAUAGUGAGUAAUCAGGUCAAACUUCUGGGGUUUCUAGUUUCACUAGGCUAAUAAAUGCUAAAAGGAUGCACUUAAACUACGACAAUCUUGACUAUAUAUGUAAAUACUGAACCAAUCUAUUCCGCUCCUGCAAAGAAACAAAACACUCCAUAAAUCCCUGAACUUCCACUGACCGGAUGUCAUCUUUUCAUCAAUUUCAACCAAUCAAUCUUGUUUAUUUCCACAUAACAAUACAAUACAUAUCGCAGAUUAACAGCAAUAAAUGUGGAUGGGGGCCUUUAAAAAGCAGAGCUUGUCUAGUAGUGACCCCCAGAAAUUAAGUUAGAUAAGGCCAUAUGAACAAAAAUCAGUUGGUUAGAAUCCAAGGCCUUUCAUUUUUCAGGGGCGGGCGGGAGGUUUUCUCAUUUAAGAGAUUCAGUUCCAAAUGACGCAGUUUAUUGAUGAAAAUAAUAAUGCUCACAAUAAAAAGAAUCACAUGCCUUUUUCAAAACUGAUUUUGUUUAAUUCAUACAGCAAAACACGAUAGCCGGCUACGGUGAACUAACUUUGCGCUCCUUUUUUCCAUUUUCGUGACAACGUUCGUAUCGAAAUGAUAGGUGGCGCGAUCUGCACAUAAUCACAAGCAUCGUUUGUGUCUGAUGGCUACUCUGACAUAUUGUUACGCUCUUUUUACCGCCAUUUAACAGGUGUGUCAAAAAAGAAAGGGUGGGGGAAACAGGCGGCUUUUUAGGGCGGGCGGGGAUGCGAACCAAGUAAUUUUGUACAUGGCCUAACAACAACACACACAUUUAUAAACAUAACAAAUAUUACAAGGGACAAAACUUGGCCAGUAAAACCCGUUAAUGAAUUAUUACUUUUAGGUAAUUAAUCAGUAAGCGAUUUGUAUAUUUGUAUUUGAAUAAGGACAGACUACAAAUAUUUUUAACGAAUGAUCCAGUGAAUUAUAUAGCCUAGAGCCUUCAUGCCUAACUGUAUUAAUUUAACAGCGAGCUUAGAACGUGAAGAGACACACCGGAAGUCUGAACAUCGUCUAGUAAAGCGGUGAUGAAUAUUUACAUUUCUUGUGAACAUUCAGCAAAUAGAUUUCUUGUGUAUUAAAUUGAUGCAUGAGGCUAGUUGGCAUACUUAUCCUAAAUACCACCAAUUUUCAACACUUUACAUUUAUAAAAGAGGAUCACAAUAUUCAUAAAGCGUUGCUGAAUUAAUUAUUCGCAAAACCUUUCUGAAGUUUAUGUAUUCUAUUUAUCAAACCACAGAGGUCCCACUCAAGUAUUCCAUAUGUUAAGUAGGGCAACACUAAUGUAUUAAAGUCCUUAAAAUAUCAGACGGAAGAGUACGUCUCAAUUUACAAAUUGUUCCAAUAUUUCUUGAUAUAACGGAACAUAUGUCGGUAAUAUGUGUUUUCCAGGAAAGGUUAUCAUAACUAUAAAGUCCAAAGAAUUUAACACAGUCAGUCUGGCUGAUUUAAGCAUUGUCAAUACGAAUAUCUGCAUUAAAUAGGUGCUUCUUUCUGCAAAAUAUCAUAAAAUUAGUUUUCUUUAAAUUAAGAGUUAAUUUGUUUGCUUUGAUCCAGGUUAGGACUUUACAUAGUUCAUAGUUGACAACAUCAGAAAGUGUGUUUGGAUCACUGUGGCAGUAAAACAGGUUACAGUCUUCGGCAAAAGGAUGGACGAAGCUAAAUCAGAGGAAUUUCAAUGUCAGUAAUAUACAUGGUAAAUAGAAGGGGCCCUAGUAGGGAUCCCUGAGGUACGCCAAAUGAGAUUUUACAAUAUAUCAUUUCUCUUGGUAUCAUUUCUCGACAAAUUGUUUUCGAUUACAUAGGUAGCUCCUAAACCACUCCAAGGCAACUCCCCUGAUGCCAUAAUUAUGUAAUUUAAAACGAAGUGUGUCAUGGUUAAGGGUGUCAGAGGCCUUGGAGAGGUCUAGAAAUAUACCAAUAGUAGAAGCUGAUACGUCCAGAUCAUUUGUGAUCUUGUCAAGUAACUUAAAAUUCAUUAUGGGACGUGAAGUUGAAUGGUUCUCUCGAAAUCUAAAUUGAUUAAUUGAAACUGUUAUUUCUAUCUAAAAAAAAUCAGUGUACGCUUAUAAAUCACACAGGACUUUUGAAAAAGGACUUUUGAUAAAAUUGGCCAGUACUUAUUAAUAAAAAGACGGUUACCGUUCUUGAAGACUGGGGUCACCCUCGCAAUCUUCAUAUCCUCAGACACUACACCAGUGGAGAUAGAUAAAUUAAUGACAAAUGUUCGAGGCUGAGAGACAGCGUGGAUCUCAGUCUUCAACAAUGUACAAUCAAUUUGAACAACUCCUGAAGUUUUUAUUAGGUAAUUCACUAACUCCAUUAAUGACAUCUUCUGUAGCUAAUGGAAAAAGGCACUAUUUGGGUAGGGAUUAGUUAGUCAGAAAACUUCUAGUUAUUGAGAGGCAUUUGAUCGCAGAGAUUUUUACAAACAGAAUACGAACAAGUCUAAUAUGACUUGUUGCACAGAAUAUUCCCUUACUUUUAUCCUCUCUUCCAAUUAAUUUUAAUUCUUAAGUUACUCGGAUAUCUCCGAGAUAUCUUUCACCCUGACUACAAAAUUAUCUUCCAAACUUUGGUACUGUAAAAGAUCUUUUCUGUCACAUUUUUCAAGUUUGAUAGUCAAAUAAAGAUAGGGCUCACAAAUUUUCUGCUACGAAAAAUAAAACCUUUUUGUUGCAAAAUCCA